UCGUUUUUCUUCACAUAAAUUCUCACGUUUUCACAAACAGACGAGCGUCUGAGUGAACACGUGAAGGACGCGGACGGCCUGAAAUGCGUGUUUUUAGGCUGAGCAAAGAGCGGGAAAAGAGGGCCGAGGCAGUUCAUGGUGAAGCCCCCCAGACGGCCUGAAGUCUGCGGAGCGAGCCUCUCAAUCAGAGACGAUCUUUGGUGCUAGCUCCAAGGCUACCGCUAACGAGCGCCCGGUGGACCGGGCAGCGCCGCGCCUCGCCUCGGUAUGAUGCCCGCGGACGGUACCAUGACCUCCAUCGUACAGAGAAUAGCUCGGCAGGCUCUUGUCACCUUCAGGAGCCCGCCGCGUGUCGGCGAAGAGCCCGGCAAGUCUUUCCUGGAGAACCACAGCAAGCUCAAGAGUCUGAUGACGGAAGUGCGAGCGGCGGACCUGAAGCUGGUCCCGCGGAGAGCCGGCGACAGCCCGCCCGGCGUGCCGCCUGCCCACCCGUACCACCACGGAGCCCCGCCGGUCACCUACAUGCACAUCUGCGAGACGGACCACUUCAGCAUGGGGGUGUUUCUGCUGAAAAGCGGCGCGUCCAUCCCGCUGCACGACCACCCGGGGAUGUACGGCGUGCUCAAAGUCAUGUACGGCAAGGUCCGGAUCAGCUGCUUCGACCGGCUGGAGCGGGCGGCCGGCGGCACGCAGCCGGCGGCCCCGCUGCCCCCGGCGGCCCAGGUGGGCGCUCUGCGGCGCUCCGUGCUGCGCUCCACCGGGGAGUACACGGAGGAGAGCGGUCCUUGCGUCCUGUCCCCCGACCGGGACAACCUGCACCAGAUCGACGCAGUGGACGGACCGACGGCGUUCAUGGACAUCCUGGCCCCGCCGUACGACCCGGACGACGGCAGAGACUGUCACUACUACAAGGUGCUGACCGGAGCCGAGGUCACGGACACGGAGCAGAAGGAGAAGGAGGUCUGGCUCAUGAAGAUCUCGCAGCCUCCGGAUUUCUGGUGCGGAGGGGAGCCGUACCCGGGCCCGGAGGUCUGCCUCUGAUCACCUGGCUGACCCGCAGCAUGUCUCGUUUCUCGGCCUGGUCUGGUGCACACAGGGGCUCCUGGACUCGGUCGGAAGGCUGCAGGGUCUCUGAACCAGUACCACAGUUAUCAGAGAUGGAUAUGAAGUGGUGGACUCAUGAGGACUGAGAAGUUCACAGCAGACCAGAGGAGCAGGAGACCAGCUGAGCUGCUGGUUGAACCACAGAUGUGUAGAAUAAAGGCCUUUACUGUUCACAUCUAUGCUGCUGGAAAAGGUGAAACACAACAAGUCACGGCUCCAUUUCACCAUGACAGCACCUGGAGCCUGGGCCGGUACCUCCUGCUGGUGCUGUGGUGGUAGUGGGUCAGGGAGGCGGGUCUCUGCAGCUCACUGUCCUGCUCUCAAUGCACCAGUCAGUUCUCUUCAUUUCAACCGAGAAGCAAACGUCUGUUUUAAAAAGGGAAUAAUCAUCGAAAGCUAUUUUCAACUUUGUGGUGGAGAACAUUUCAGUCUCUGAGGCUCCAGAAGUCAGGACGACAUUUGCAGAAUCAGCCGUUGAAACCAGUCUGUGGUCGAUGAUUUCCAUCUAGAAUAGCAGCAGUUUUGCUUCUUACAUUUCUGGAUCGAUUUGGUGUGAAAAACAGAAAAAGCCCAGAAUGAGAUGGUCAGACAGCAGCUCAGUGUUGAUCUUGUUCUUGUUGUUUGUGCAUGAGAUGCCAGAAGAUGAUGUGCAGGUUGCUAAUGCUGCAUUCAAGACAUGUCAGGAGUCUGUAUUUGAAGUCUUCAAGGUUUAAAAACAAGUUUUAAAAUAGAAAUGUGCACACAGCAGCCUUCAGAUACACUACAGUCCAGCUUUGCAUGACCUUCAGUCUGCAGCCAGACACCUGCUCCUUCUAUUUAUUCUACAUGUUCAAUGCAUGAAGGAUGCGGCGCUCCAUGUUUCCACUCAUCAUGUUCCAGACUUGUGGCUG